UUAACGGCCAGGUGCGGUUACACUGGGGGGAGACGCGGAUGUGAGGUCAUUUAUCAGCUUCAUCUUAAUCUCGAAGGAGGUUAUUAUUAUAUAUAUUAAUAUUAUUAUUUAAAAAAUAAAAAAAUAAACCAGCAGACGGAGCUCGAGCGGAAACACGCGCUGUGAGUUCGGGUCCACCCGCGCGCGCGUGCUCCGGGAUCCGUGUCUGGGACUGUCUACUGCACACACACACACACACACACACAGCCAGUCUGAGGAGAGGAGUGUGUGUUUUCGCAGAGAUUCAGGGCAUCAGUUUAAUGAAGACUCACUAACCGUGCUUUAAAGGGUGACCCUUCACAACAAGUAUGGGGUCACCAUGGAAACCACUUCUGCUGCUGUCAAUCAUCAGCUGCCUGACAGACUUUGCCAGAUCGGUGGCAGGUAGACCGGUGCCGUAUGCGGCCGUGUUGAGGAUGAAGCUGGACAGCUCCUCUUCCUCCUCCUCCUCACUUCUCAAUCCCAGGACGAGGCUGAGGCAGGACCACGGUUCUUCUGUCCAGGACUGGCCUCUGUUCUCCAGACUGUCAGCUCUCGGCUUUCAGGAGGACGAUCACAGUGAAGAAAGUGAAGAAUUCGGGCCCGUGUUCAUCCAAGAGCCAGACGAUGCCAUCUUCUCUGUGGACUCAGAGGACAAGAAAGUGGUACUGAACUGUAAGGCGAGAGGAAAUCCUGCUCCUACAUACAGUUGGCUGAUCAAUGGAACAGAUGUAGACAUUGAGAGGAGCUCACGCUACCGUUUGAUUGAUGGAAACUUGAUGAUAAUAAACGCCAGCGAGGCCACGGAUUUCGGGAAGUACCAGUGCAUAGCUGAGAGCAGCGCGGGAGCCGUCCUGAGCCGGGAAGCUGUGCUGCAGUUCGCCUACCUCCGUGCUUUCAGUAGUCGACCGAGAGGAGGCGUGUCCGUCAGAGAAGGUCAGGGAGUGGUGCUGAUGUGUAUGCCUCCUCCCCAUUCACCUGAGAUCAUCUACAGCUGGGUCUUCAACGAGUUUCCAUCGUUCGUGGCUGAGGACAGCCGGCGCUUCAUCUCGCAGCAGACGGGGAACCUGUACAUCUCCAAGGUGCAGCCCUCAGACGUGGGGAGCUACAUCUGUCUGGUGAAGAACAUGGUGACCAACGCCCGGGUCCUGAGCCCUCCUACACCACUCACGCUCAGGACAGAUGGUGUAAUGGGGGAAUAUGAGCCGAAAAUUGAGGUGCACUUUCCUCCUACAGUGCUGACUGCGAAAGGAGCGACGGUGCGACUCGAGUGUUUCGCUCUCGGAAACCCCGUCCCAACCAUCACAUGGAGGAAGAUUAACGGGAACAUCCCAAAAAAGGCGCGACUCCGGAAGUCUCAGGCGGUGCUGGAGAUUCCCAACAUCCAACUGGACGACGCAGGAAGUUACGAGUGUAAAGCGGAGAACUCCCGAGGAGGAACGGCCUUCAGGGGACACAUCCAGGUGUACAUGGCGCCGCAGUGGAUCAGUCUGAUAAACGACUCUCAGCUGGACAGCGGUGAUCAGUUACACUGGGAGUGCAGAGCCACCGGCAAGCCCCGUCCCUCUUACCACUGGUUACGCAAUGGAGAACCGCUGAACACACAGAGCCGUGUGCAGACGCUGAGCGGAGAGCUGAUCAUACAGAAAGUUCAGCCGGCCGACUCGGGGAUGUACCAGUGUGUGGCUGAGAACAAGUACGGAGCGAUUUACUCCAGCGCCGAGCUCAAGAUCCUCGCCUCGGCUCCGGUGUUCAGCGCUAACAAAGUGAGCGUCAUCGCCACCGUGGGGAAAGACAUCUACCUGGAGUGCAGACCUCGAGCUUCACCCAAACCCAGAAUCACUUGGAGGAGAGGAGACAGUAAGAUCUCGAGCAGCCGCAGAAUGGUGGUUCUGUGGAACAACACACUUCAGAUCAUCAACGCCAGCCGCGCGGACGAGGGCAGCUAUGCGUGUCGCGCCGAGAACCAGUUCGGCUCGGCCGAGAUGACGAGCUCGCUGCUGGUGAAAGAGGCCAUGAGGGUGGAUCUGAGCCCGAAGCGUGUGGAGGUGACGGUGGGGGAGAGCGUGGUGCUCAGCUGUAAAGCCUCACACGACCCGUCGCUCGAAAUCUCCUUCUUCUGGCAGCUCAACAACCAGCCGCUGGGGGCCGGCCAAGACGACGGCCAUUUUGAGUUCAUCAGGACACAGUCUUCCACGAUGGAUCUGAUGAUCAGGAACAUUCUCCUGAAGCAUGCUGGGAAAUACAGCUGCCGGGUUCACACGAGCGCCGAUACGGUCCUAGCGGAAGCCGAGCUGCUCGUCAGAGGUCCACCAGGACCUCCUGGAGUGGUGAUUGUGGAGGAGAUCACAGACACAACAGCCACGCUGUCCUGGAGUCACGGUGUGGACAAUCACAGCCCCAUCAGCACCUACAACCUGCAGGCUCGCAGCCCAUUCUCCCUCGGCUGGCAGACAGUCAAGACCGAUCCAGACCCGGUGACCGGAGACAUGGAGUCCGCCAUGGCAGUGGAGCUCAACCCCUGGGUGGAAUACGAGUUCCGGGUCGUGGCCACCAACUCCAUCGGUACAGGCGACCCUAGUGCACCGUCCAGGCCGGUCCGGACCAAAGAAGCAGUUCCGUCGGUCGCUCCAGCAAACGUGAGCGGAGGAAACGGACGCCGGCACGAGCUCGUCAUAUCCUGGGAGCCUGUAUCUGAGGAGUUCCAGAACGGAGACGGGUUCGGCUACAUCGUGGCGUUUCGUGCCAACGGGACUCGAGCGUGGAAGGAAAAGAUGGUGACGUCAGCGGACUCCACCACGUAUAAGUACAGGGACGAGACGUUUCCUCCUCUCACGCCUUUUGAGGUAAAAGUGGGCGUGUACAACAACAAAGGAGACGGACCCUUCAGUAAAGUGGUGACCGUGUUCUCCGCUGAAGGAGAGCCACGUGAAGCACCAUCUGACGUUAAAGCGUACGCCAUGUCCUCUUCUGAGGUGAAGGUCACAUGGAAACCACCGAGCCCAGGACCGGGACGACCCCAGGGCUACGAGGUGAACUACUGGAGAGACUCGGAGCAGGAGGAGACGGGGAAGAGGAAGCGGACGCUGGGAAAUGAGACGGUGAUGCUGAUUACGGGUCUGGAGGGGAGCACACAGUACCACAUCACGGUGAAGGGCUUCAACAGCAUUGGCCAGGGACCACCGAGCGCUCCGAUCAGAACCAACACCAAGAAAAACCCACCGAGUCACCCUCCAGCCAAUGUGAUGUGGAUUCAGGAGGGGAAUAACGUCUCGCUAUCCUGGGAACCAGUCAAGGCUCUGGACAACGAGUCUGAUGUCAUCGGCUAUAGGGUGUUGCUACGUCAGGAGGGGCGUGGUCACAGUCAGGUCAUGAGGACCCCCAACACGGCGGCGGUUCUCACGCUGCCAGAAGGAGGAACGUAUAUCAUUGAAGUGUGUGCCAUCAGCGAAGGAGGCGAGGGAGCCGCUAGCUCACAAAUCAGAGUGCUCACUUCCUCAGGUGUGAGGGCGAAAAGUCAGCAGUGCUCCGUACACACUCUCCCCUCAGGCUCCGCGUGGACUCUUCUCCUCCUGACGGUGCUGCUGGUGCCUUCUGCCCCAUGGUGAGGACCUUCACCAUGUGACUCUGCCCCCGUGUGGAGGGAAUGGACUCUGCCUGCUCCGUACAGACUGCCGCGUUGGCCCGAACCAUCUCCAGGACGCAGGAGUUGGCCAAGUGCUUUUUAUUCGACCAGGAUUCCACCCAGUUUAAUUUUUUUUGCUACUAGUUUCUGUUGCAGUUUCUCUUCUCCUUAUCAGUGUAGUAUCGUACAUUGUGCAUAGAACGUCCUUAAAUGACACAAACUGCUGAACAUUUAUCAAAUCCAGCCUUCACUGAGCGCCGGGAACACUGAGGACUGAGACUCUUCAUCUGACACGUCUCCAUCCCUUUAACCCACGGCUGCCUAAACAAGUGAAGCCAUUAAAGCUUAGAUAAGUGCAUUGUUUUUUAUUCACGCAUUAAAGAAAGACAAAGAGGAGGACAAGAAGAAGAAAAAACAAACACACAACAACAACAACAACAUGUUUUUAUAGUGCUGAAUCUUUCCAGACUUCCUUUUUGUACAUCAUGUUAACUUAAAAGUGCUGUGUGUGUGUGUGUGUGUGUGUGUGUGUGUGUGUGUGUGUGUGUGUGUGUGUCGGAGGAUUUUCUAUGUUGUAUGUUUUUGUUAGUUUCUGAUGCACAUGCUGCUGAGGGUCUGGGUGGGUGUGGCCAAGGGAGGCUAGGGGGCGUGGUUUAACCUGUAGUACCCAAACGCAUCAUUAGACAAAGAGAAAGAAUCUGUGAUGUCAUAGUGAACGCUGAAAUAAAUGUCACGUAUAUUUUUA